CUCUCUGUCUUUUUCCACCCAAAGAUGGCCCCGCUACGGUCGGCGGCGGCGGCAGUGCCCGAACUGCUCAGAUCAUCCCUCACAUCUCGCCGAACCCUUCUCGACAAGUCCCUCCUCCUCGUCCUCCGCCGCCACUUCUCCGCCGAGACCAACCCUCCUGCGCCCCCGGCUCCACUUCCGGACGAUGACCCAGCAGCCACCCGAGCUCUCCGACUCCUCCAGCACCCCGAGGACAGCUGGGACCGGGACGAGCUCACAUCCCUGCUCUUCCCCGCCGAUGAAUUCCCCAAAGACUCCCUCAAGCGUCUCCGUCACAUCGCGGGCCACCUCCAGUCCACCGAGAAGACACUCGGAUUCCUCAACUUCGUUAGGACCACGCCGCUCGCGGAGCACGUCCAUUCACUCGUCCGCUCAACGUGCGAGCGGAUCCUCGAUCUCGCCGCCUGCGAACCCCAUUCGGAGGAGAAGCUGUAUGCCGUCUACAGGGCGAUGAGGGAGAAGGGCAUUCCUCUGUCGGUCAAGCCCGCUGUCGAUCUCCUCCGCCGGUUUGGUCGGGCCCUUAUGGUCGACGAGCUGAACUCAGUCUUCCGUGAAAUUGACCCGGAAGUGAAGAACACGCACGUUUGCAACGCUUACAUCGAUGGGCUGUUCCGGUCUCGCCAAACACGUGAAGCACUGAAGGUGCUCGACGAAAUGCUUGAUCCAGACUCCGAGCACGCCCCCUCCGAUCUCACUGGGGAGAUAGUUUUCUCUGCGCUGUUGAGGAGGGAAUUUGUAGAAAGUGUCACCGACAAUGAGGUUGCGGAGCUGGCGCUGAAGUUAGGGCAGCACGGUAUUUUCCCCAACUCCGUAAAGCUCUCGCAGUUGAUCACGAGGCUGUCUAAGAGCGGGAAGAUGGAAAAGGCGUGGGAUUUCUUGCAGAAAGUUUUCAGAUUAGGUGGACCUGUGGAGGCCGGGCCCUGCAAUGCCCUCUUGACGGGGUACGGUCGGGUUAAGGAUGUUAAGAGGAUGAAUGAAGUCUUGGUGAAGAUGAAAGAAAUGAAUAUCGAGCCCAAUGUCGUGACUUUCGGGAUCAUCAUUAAUAAUCUCUGCAAGUUCCGGAGGGUCGACGAUGCAUUUGAGGUGUUCGAACAGAUGCAGGGGAAAGGCGACAGAGGCGUCUCAUUCCAAGUCAAACCUGAUGUGGUCAUUUACAACACUCUGAUCGAUGGGCUCUGUAAAGUCGGGAGGCAACGAGAUGCUCUUGAGCUGUUAGAGAAGAUGAGGCAGCAGACCGGUUGCUCGCCCACCACAAUCACUUAUAACUGCCUGAUGGACGGUUACUGUAAGUCUGGUGAGAUUGAACGUGCCCGUAUGCUCUUUGAUCAGAUGGCCGAGGAAGGGCUGGGGCCAAACAAGAUCAGUCUCAAUAUAUUAGUUGAUGGGAUGUCCAGGCACGGGCAGGUCAACAGCGCCGUCAACUUACUAAGGGAGAUGCAGGGGAGGGGUUUGGCUCCUAAUGCUAAGACCUACACGUCCCUGAUUAGUGCCUUCUGUGGGGUCAACAAUUUUGCUAAAGCGAUGGAAUUGUUUGAUGAGAUGUCUAAUGAAUCAGGAAUUGCUCCAGAUGCUAUCGUCUACUACGCGUUGAUCUCUGGUUUGGCCUUGGCAGGGAGGCUGGACGAUGCGAGCAGGGUGGUAUCGAAGUUGAAGGAGGCGGGCUUCUCUCUCGACAUUGCCUGCUACAAUGCCCUUAUUAGCGGUUUCUGCAAGAGGAAUAAAGCCACUGUGGCAUACGAGUUAUUCGAUGAGAUGGAGAAGGCAGGAGUUAAACGGGAUGCCGUCACUUACAACACUCUGAUUGCAUUCUCCAGCAAGCUCAAGGAUUUCGUGAGGGCCCGUAAAUUGAUAGGGCAGAUGAAGAGCGAGGGCCUUUCUCCCACAGUUGUUACCUGUGGGUCAUUAAUUCAUGCCUACUGCUUGAUUGAUGAAGUCGAAGAAGCCAUGAAGAUCUUUGAAGAGAUGAGGUCAUCUUCUUCACGCAUCCCACCAAAUACCGUGAUUUAUAAUAUCCUGAUAGACGCGUUAUGCAAGAAGGGCGAGGUGGAGCGGGCAGCCUCUCUAAUGGAUGAUAUGAUUGCAAGAGGAGUGAAACCGAACACCAACACGUUCAACGCCCUGUUCAAGGGGCUUUGGGAGAAGAAUUUGCUGAAUAAGGCAUUCGAGUUGAUGGAUAUGAUGACUGAGCAAGCUUGUAAGCCCGACUAUAUAACCAUGGAGGUGUUAACUGAUUGGCUCUCCGCAGUAGGCAAACUGGAAAAACUUAAGGAGUUUCUUAAAGGUUAUGAUGUAUCUGCUUCUACUGUAUAAGAGAAUAAUCACGAGACCUUUCUUCAACCUGAACUUUCUCGGGAUGGAUUAUUUAUGUGAUUAUAGAUAUGUUAGAUCGAUUUAUGACAGGCAAGCUGUAUCUUUUUUUUCCAUCGUGAUUCUGAUGCAUUUUGUUGCUUUGGACUAUAGGAUCAAUUUCUGGCUUCAACAUAAUUUGAAGUCGAAACAUGCUCUUCUUGA